CUCUCUCAACUCAUUUAAGCUAAGUUUCCCACAGAGUAAACAUACAUAAAUGUAAAAUAUUCCGCAAAAUAUACAAUUUAUACAGUUUUCUGUGCACUUGCACAUAAUUAUUAUUGGUAAAAGACGCGCGCGUCAAAGAUUGUUACUCUCGAGAGUUCGAGUUUUAAGGACUCCCAAAGCCGUCGCAACAAUUCGGUGAGAAUGGUGCGCCCCCUUCGUCGCAAGGGGAUCGAGGAGGUGUAUGGCUCCAAGAUGGAUGCCAUUCAUCCGGUCAAGUCAGUGGUGGUGACCCAUGGAGGUGGUAUGACCAAGACGGCUACAAUGCGGGCAGAUCGGACAGCGACUGGAGGUGGUGCAGCAGCAGGUGGUGGUACUGCACCAGGUGGGGGAAUCCUCAAUAACCGGCAAACGGAGCAGCGACCCCAACGCACCUUUGUGACCGAAAACGACUAUUACAUCACAACCAAUCUGCCGAUGACUCCUGGCAAUUUGCGAAACGCCAACGCAACUUCCUCCCAGGUGAUGACCGGCCACGUUCAGCCGUCGCCUUACAAUGCCAUGUCCUCGCGGCGCAACAACUUGCCCGGCAAGACCAGCGCCCGUCAGCCGCAGAUGACGAAGAUGCCGCACUUUUCGCUGCCCGAGAACAAAGCGAACAAUAGCAUCUACACUAUGACCAAGCCAAGGGAAAGUCACCGCCACGGCAAGUGCAACACUCAGAGGAGCAACUAUGCCUUGAACGAUUGCGGCGACUUCUCCGACAAGGAGCUAAUGGGAAACCAUGCUCAAGGCAACAGCAACCAUCGCCAGCAUACCCAUAGCCAGCAGAUGCAAUUGAGCCAGAACAUGACGGUGCCGCAUCCGCUGCAGCAUCAGCUGCACCAGCAACAGAUGUCCCAGAACAGCCAAGGCAAGCAACAACAGCAGCAGCAACAUCAGCAGCAACAUCAGCAACAACAUCAGCAGCAGCAGUAUCAGCAGCAGGUUCACCAUUCACAUCCGCAUCCCCAUCAGAAGCACUCGCGUGGACGUGGUCAGCCAAAUCCGACUAGCAAGGCACACGUGAGUAUUGCCGAUGACGAUGACGAGAAGGACGACGAUCCCGAAGAGUUCUUCGAGCUUAUACGCCAGACAGUACAGAAGGCCGUUGGAAAUACCAUUUCAGAUGCUCUGACGAAAAACUUCCGGGAUUUGGGCCACAAAAUCGAGAGGUUCUCAGGCGAACUGAAGCAGACAAACGAGCAGUUGGAUAAGCUGCAGGAGCAGGUCACCAGCAAGGUGAUCUACUACGGCGAGGAGAACUCGCGACACUUCCGGUAUCUGUGCAUGAAAUCCGAGUACGAUAAGAUGUUCUACCAACACCAAUCCAUGUUGGCCAGCAAUCCGUCACCGGAAAUGGUUAAUGCCUCGCAGGCAGAUCUCACAGCAACCGCCUCGCAGGCCUCCAAUCUUGGUUGUAAGCCAUCGCAGUCCCUGAAGCAUACCGGCGUGAAGUUGUCCAAGAACCAACCCAAGAUGGUUAACCGGCGAGACUUGAACGACAUGCUGAAGCCUCAGGUUUCCUACCAUAAGCCUAAGCAGCAGCAUAAGACUGCGGCGGAGCCACGCAAGUCGUCCUCGGACCAGAGUCUCAUAGUCAAGUCCUCAGAGAUGGGCAUGCGUGAGCUGCUGGGGCAAAUCCAACGUUUUUGCAACCAAAUGCAGAUGAAUGACAUGGCCAAGGGAGCGAACAAGUCAAUGCACAACCUCGGGGACAUCAUGAUCUCAAAGAAACACUCCAAUGACAGACUGUGUGAGCCUGGAGGCCUAAUCGCAGUCGGCAGCCAAGUGGAUAAAAAGGACGAAGACACCGAGCCGGAUACUCCAUUGGAUAGCAUGGAUGAGUACGCAGGAAUGGAAGAGUUUCAAUUCUCCUCAGAAGUCUCGUCCUGCAGCGACGACGACAUGUGUGGUGGAAAGUAUAACACCGGAGAUGUCACCACCCGUGUUGCCCCCAACCUAGGAAUGCGCAAUCCGGCCAACAAGGGAGCCGGAGAUGGACAGUAAAUCGGGCAAAAUGACUCUCUGAAUAUAUCUGGAAACAAGAAAUAUUUCCAGUAAUUUCAAGUUUUAAUCUUCCCUUGGGAAUGACACAAAAUUAUAGAAUAAUUUGGUUCUAAAAUUUAGGCUAGCUAACGAAUCAGCUGCUCAAUAUGAAUGUAUAUUUUCAAUAGGGAAACUUAAUCAAAAAGAACUAUUCAAACUUAACAUAAUAUUAUUUUUCCGAAAAGAAUAAGUAAUAAAUUCUCAAGGGAUAUGUGAUUUAGAAAAGGAAAA